AUGGCCGCUGUUUACUGUGACAACCUGAGCUCCGUGUACCACCACCAGAGCGUCCAGAGCGCGGCGCAGAGACCCUCGGGGUACGGGCCUCACGCACUUGGGGACUACACGUCCACCCCCAACCCGUACUUGUGGCUCAAUGGUCCGGCCGUGAACUCCUCUUCUGCCGCGUACCUGCAUCACAGCAGCAGCCCGGGGGCCUUCAUCCCCCCCGGGUACGGCUCCCAGCGGCAGUUCCUCUCCAGCUCGGCCGGGUUCGGAGGCUCAGAUCUCGGAUGGUUGUCUAUCGCGAGUCAGGAGGAGCUGCUGAAGCUGGUGCGUCCUCCGUACUCCUACUCCGCUCUGAUCGCUAUGGCCAUCCAGAACGCUCACGACAAGAAGCUGACCCUGAGCCAGAUCUACCAGUACGUGGCGGAUAACUUCCCUUUUUAUAAGAAGAGCAAAGCAGGAUGGCAGAACUCCAUCCGCCACAACCUGUCUCUGAACGACUGCUUCAAGAAGGUGCCGCGGGACGAGGACGACCCAGGGAAAGGAAACUACUGGACGCUGGACCCAAACUGUGAGAAAAUGUUUGACAAUGGAAACUUCAGGAGAAAAAGAAAGCGGCGCUCGGACCCCAGCUCCUCUUUGAGCACCUCCAAAGUACAGGACGUCCCGGAGCGGCCUGGAGCCUCCAGCCUCAAGGCCCCCGACAGCCCCCCCUCUCUGCUGGGACAGUCCUCUCCGGAGCUGGAGGACCAAAACCACAAGGAGCACGUCCCAAACUCACCGUGUUUUAACAACUUCUACAGCGCCAUGUCCGGCCUGGGCUCCCCCAGACCACAGGGGGCCAUGGGACUGGUCAAUGAACUUACCAAUCGGAACAUAACGGCGUAUCAGUCCACCCCGGCGGCGCAGCAGCAGCAGGACGGGCCUGCAGCCUCAGAGCUGGCAGACUCCAGUCUCACCUUUAACAGAGGAGUUUACUACAACACGCUCAGCAGCGCCGCACAGACCUCACAGCGUGCAUCAGGCGUGCGUCAGGCGUGCGUCAGGCGUGCGUCAGGCGUGCGUCAGGCGUGCGUCAGGCGUGCGUCAGGCGUGCGUCAGGCGUGCGUCAGCCGUGCGUCAGGCGUGCGUCAGGCGUGCGUCAGGCGUGCGUCAGGCGUGCGUCAGGCGUGCGUCAGGCGUGCGUCAGCCGUGCGUCAGCCGUGCGUCAGCCGUGCGUCAGGCGUGCGUCAGGCGUGCGUCAGGCGUGCGUCAGGCGUGCGUCAGGCGUGCGUCAGGCGUGCGUCAGGCGUGCGUCAGGGCGUGCGUCAGGCGUGCGUCAGGCGUGCGUCAGGCGUGCGUCAGGCGUGCGUCAGGCGUGCGUCAGGCGUGCGUGCGUGCGUCAGCCGUGCAUCAGGCGUGCGUCAGGCGUGCGUCAGGCGUGCGUCAGGCGUGCGUCAGGCGUGCGUCAGGCGUGCGUCAGGCGUGCGUCAGGCGUGCGUCAGGCGUGCGUCAGGCGUGCGUCAGGCGUGCGUCAGGCGUGCGUCAGGCGUGCGUCAGGCGUGCGUCAGCCGUGCGUCAGGCGUGCGUCAAGCGUGCGUCAGGCGUGCGGCGUGCGUCAGGCGUGCGUCAGGCGUGCGUCAGGCGUGCGUCAGGUGCGUGCGUCAGGCGUGCGUCAGGCGUGCGUCAGGCGUGCGUCAGGCGUGCGUCAGGCGUGCGUCAGGCGUGCGUCAGGCGUCAGGCGUGCGUCAGGCGUGCGUCAGCGGCGUGCGUCAGCGUGCGUCAGGCGUGCAUCAGGCGUGCGUCAGGCGUGCGUCAGGCGUGCGUCAGGCGUGCGUCAGGCGUGCGUCAGGCGUGCGUCAGGCGUGCGUGCAUCAGGCGUGCGUCAGCCGUGCAUCAGGCGUGCGUCAGGCGUGCGUCAGGCGUGCAUCAGGCGUGCGUCAGGCGUGCGUCAGGCGUGCGUCAGGCGUGCGUCAGGCGUGCGUCAGGCGUGCGUUAGGCGUGCGUCAGGCGUGCGUCAGGCGUGCGUCAGGCGUGCGUCAGGCGUGCGUCAGGCGCCCAGCACAUGUCUGGCUCUCGUGGUGGUGGGGGGGGGGGGGGGGGGGGGUGUCUGGUUUGAUGCUGGAGGCUCAAUUAAGUGGUAGUGUGACCCCCAGUGUGAGGCGGGUGGGGCGGGUGAGGCGGGUGAGGCGGGUGAGGCGGAGGCAGGGUCAUCGCUGGGUUGAGGUGUUGUUCAUUAUUUUUCCGCCUGUCAGAUCCCAUGAGCGGCUGGAGCGGACGGGAGCGGCACGGCCCAGCAGCGAGGGCCCAGGACGCUACGUGUGUUUGGGCUACGUCAAACACACUCAGAGACCCGAGGAUUAUGGUCAACAAAGCAUGUCGCACACCUGUACCGCCGCAGCACAACGGGACAGCCCCACAGAGACGCACUUUUACAUUAUUAUGCCUCAUGUUCUUCCCAGUCUCGCAAACUCUCAGAGCCUGAAAUCCAACAGUGUGAGCUUCCUGCACGGACUGAACAUCAGCCGCUGGAAAGACUCCUCUGGUCACAGACUACAUUCCACAUCUCAACUGACCCCAGAGGAUCCAGAAACGAGCACCCAAGAGGCCGAAAACACCCUGGGACCCUCCAAUAACUCACCCACCCUCCAAGAACAGGAGAACGACACCGGGACAUCAGUGAGAAGGAGAGGUUCCAGAGUGAGCUUCCCCCAGGAGCUCUCCACACAGCCGCCCACUCGCGUGUCGUCACCGGAGCCCACUAUAAGCCCGCCCGGGCCGUCCCGGCAGGAAUCGCGCCCGCAGCGGGCGGACCGCUCCCCAGCUGGUUCUCCACUAGCCUCAGAGGCAGACCCUGACCUGGAGCAACCCUCGGGCUCGGACGAGGAGGAGGGGGGGCCAAACGUCUAUAAAAUAGAAAAACAUAAAGUGACCAACAGGAAAAGCCUAGACUGGUCCCUUAGAGUGACCAAGCCCGUCUUGAUCCUUGGUGACUCCAACGUCGCCAGGAUCAAAGAUCACACCUUUGCUUCCCUACAAAUAGAUAGCUUCCCCGGGGCCAAUCUUCUCCAUGCUGCAGAGCUUCUCAGCAAUACACCAAACCAGCCCCAGGUGGAGAGUGUGGUCCUUUCAUUUGGUCUAAAUAACAGACAACAAAAACAAAGUGAAACAUGCAUAAAACAAAUGCAGAGGCUAGUCAGGGAGGCAAAAAAGACUUUCCCACAUGCCAACAUUAGGGUGCCCCUAAUCCAAUCCUCCAAAGAGCUCCCCUUAAAGGAGAGGAGUGUGUUGGCGGUCCUCAACCACCACCUAGAGCGAAACAUGCCACACAUUAGGAGACUCCCAGAAGAGGACUUCAGAACCAGGACCGACAAUAUACACUGGACGGAGGAGACGGCCAAGAAAAUGUUACAACAUUGGGCCCGUGAGUUAAACUGGGACUCCCUCCAGUGA